GUGAUCAGUUACUCAGUACUUGAGUAGACUUUUUACCAAAUGCUUUUUUACUCUUACUUGAGUAAUGUCUUAGGAUGCUACUUUUUACUUUUACUUGAAUAAAAGCAUGUUGAAGCUGCCUUGUUCUUACUUGAGUAUAAUUUGUGGGCACUCUGCCCACAUCUGGAGAAACCAUAAUCAAAUUACCUAAAUUUGGACUUGAUUUAAUUGUUGCAAAAUAUUGUUUUUGACUUUCAUUGUUUCAAAAUCAGCUUCAUUUAGCACUGGGGAUUAAAUAUCAUUUCUUAAUGUAGUACAGUGAGUUAUUUUUACGUCUUUUGUACUGCUUCCAAUAAUCCAUUCCAAUGCAGAACGAACAGAAAUAUGUCACAAAAAUAUUAGUAGCACCAUCAUUUAUUAUCAUAGACAUCUAAUAAUAUGGCUUAAGAUAAUGUUUGAUACAUAAAUUCUCCUUGAUGCAAAUCUAUAAAAAAAAUUUGGUUUCUGUUAGUUCUGUCAAGUUGCAAGAAGGGGCAAAUUUCAAUUAUGUUGGUAAGUCAUUUUAUUUUACAUGAUUGCUGCUGUAAGAGCCAUAGUUUGAUGACUGUUAUAUUGCCACGUUUUGCAAACAAAGGAGGGAAUUAGUUCAGUUUGGUCACUUGUUUAAGUUUAAGAAAUUGCAGCUGCUUCAGUGCGUGUGAUGGCUGCAACUACAGCCACCCAAAUGCAUGCUGGCUGCUCCAGUCCUUCAGCAGAACAGAGGUGGAGAAGGGGUGGAGCCAGCCUAUUGAAACUGCAAAUUGGUUUACACCACUACUCAUCAGCAAGAGGGGGGGGGGAAUGGGAUUUUCCUUUGUUAGUUAUAGUUAGGUUUUUGUGUGUUUCCCCCUUUGUGUCUUCUAUGUGGCCUGAUCAGCCAAUAUUUAAGUUUCCCCCUUUGUCUCAUAUCAGUAGGUCUGUUUGUUAGCCUGAGUUGAAUUUUGUUACUUUGACCUCUUUUAUGGGCCCAAAUUUGUAAUUUGUUCAUUAUUGACCCAUGUUCUUUGUUUUGGGUUCAAUAAAAAAGACACUUUUGAAUCUAAACCUGUGCCUGAAUCUCCUUCGACUGCUCAGACCAUCACAAUUGGUGUCAGAAGUGGGAUUUUUACAGUCAAAAGCACAGGUUUAUUUAUUUUUUAGUCCCUCCCCUGUUAUCAAGCUAUGCACAGAACAGGAAGGAGUGUCAAAGGAUCAAAAGGAGAUCCUCAAAACCAACCUGUUGGAAUGGAGGAGCAAGUUGGAGAAGAAAGUGGAGCCUCUGGAGGGGUAGAAAGCAAUGAGGGUAAGGAGCCAACAAUAUCUGAAGUGAUUUCCAUUCUUCGUGCUCAUAUGGGCCAACAGGAAGCCCAGGAAGUAAGACGAAGGGAGGAGUUUGAGCGGCAGGAACAGCGCUUCAGUGCACUAUGACACCAAUUUCAGCUAUUACAGGUGGAAGUGCAAGCUCGUACCACCCCUGCCUCUGAGCCUCAAAUGGAUGAAUCGCAAUCAGAAGCAGGUGAAGAUGAUGAUCCUCCAUGUGGCAGUAAUGAGCAAAUGUAUGCUCCCUCAGAUGCGUUUUAACUGCAGACAGGGCCUUAAAGUGAUUUCAUUUCUUGCUUUGUUGCUAAUUGUCCUCCAUUACAUCUGGAGCCCUUCAAACACCUUUGGAGUUAAUAUACAACCAGGACAAGGCAAUGAAAUCCAAAAACUGCUCAUUGAGAAAAGUCAACGCAUCAUGACUGAUUAUUCUGACAUUCCCUACAAGAUCAAAGAAAAUGUGGCAAGUCAGUUGCCUCAGAACGCAUGUGUGUGCCAGGCCGGAGAGGAAACCUUUCGUUUACCAUUCUCCAAUCUACUCUUCCCUCGUGUUUGGGCUCACAACCUCCAGCAGGCGUUCUUAGAAAUACAAUCUGAUCCUGAGAGUGUACAGCAACAGAGAGCAGAGGAGUACCACCAGUUGUUGAGAAGGUCCCAUAAUCCAGCAGAGAUGCUCGUCAUUGCCGAGGCUGACAAUCCUCUUCAGUAUCCGACCCAAGGUGUGAAGGUGCAACCCCUCAAAACAAUCAUCAUCCCAGGUCUGGGUCUCAGGCUGGAUGGCAAAAACAGCUAUAUGGUACAUUUGACAGCGACAAUGGGAACUUUUGACGUUGCUGCCACAGUGGACAGGGUCUCUGUAGAAGGAAUGGGUGAAAAGCACAUUUCACUGUCGAGUCCGGCUCUCUAUGCUCUGAACAGGCAGCUCCAGUUUGUCACAUAUACCAACACCAUAUUUCAUCCAAUGACCUCAGACCUAGUUCAGUUUGCGACUGAAGGCCACCAGUCAUUUUUCACCAUCAAGGUUGGACACAGAGUUGUUCCAAAACUUUACAAAUCUGGACAAAGUAAAGGGUACAACAUUACCUCUCUGGUUACCAUCGCUACCAAGACCUUUUUGCGCUACGACAAACUCAACGAUCUCAUCGCCAGCAUAAGGGCGUUUUAUCCCACCAUCCUCAUAAUUAUAGCGGAUGAUAACGAACACCCCCAAAAAAUGACCGGCCCUCAUAUUGAGCAAUACAUUAUGCCAUUUGCAAAGGGUUGGUUUGCAGGAAGAAAUCUGGCUGUGUCUCAAGUGACUACCAAGUAUGUGCUCUGGGUGGACGACGAUUUUAUCUUUACUGCAAACACCAAGCUGGAAAAGAUGGUGGACAUCCUGGAGAAAACCACACUGGAUCUGGUUGGUGGUGCAGUGAGAGAGGUUACUGGUUACACUGCCACAUACCGUCACACCAUUUCAGUGGAAGAAGGCGGAGAGGAAGGCGACUGUUUAAAUAUGAGGAUUGGAUACCACCAUGCUAUUGAGGGAUUUCCCAACUGUGUAGUCGCAGACGCCGUCAUCAACUUCUUCAUGGCUCGAACGGACAAAGUUCGACAGGUUGGCUUUGACCCGCGCCUGUCAAGAACAGGCCAUCUAGAGUUUUUUGUAGAUGCUCUGGGCACCAUGCACAUCGGCUCCUGCAGUGACGUCAUCAUUAACCACGCGUCAAAGAUCAAUCUGCCUUGGACUAAAACAGAAACACAGAUGGCCUAUGAGCUGUUUCGAUACUCUUCUACAAAUACGGGUAUUAGCCAUAAUGAGAUCUUUUACUUUAAGAACAGAUUCAAGUGCAUGACCAGUCAAUAAAAAUACACUUCCGCUGGUUUUACGAAAACAAAUAGUUGUUGCUCUUGGUUAAGAGAUAUUUUGCUUUUUCUGCUGACAACUGGAUUUAUUUAUUAAAAUUUUUUUUAAACCACCUAUUGUGACGUUAAUAAUCCAGCCGGUUCUUGGUGUUUGAAGCAAUCCUCAUUUUUUGCAAUUUAUUUACUGUUUUCACAUGUUUUCUUUUGAAGUUUACAUUCGAAUUUGCGAUGUAGAAUUUUGAUGCUAAUUGCACUGAGUUAGUAAUUUGAAUUUCAGAUCAGUUUUAACUUUGUGUUGUUAAUAUGUAUUUUUGUGUGUAAAUGGGCUAUUAUAAGUUGUCAUGAUGCAUUGAUCCUCCAGAGGAGGGAAUGUAUUUAAUUUGUACACAAAAAAAAACAAAU